UUGUACGAACAAGUUAGCGAGCCUAAGAAACGACGCAACGCAGCUAAAAAAGGGCAAACUCUAAAAACGAAACUGAUUUUCUAUAACUUAAGUGAAAAGGAAUUAUUGAAUAAUUGAGAAAUGUGCUAAUUAAAUGAUUUGAGUUAAUUGAUAUGAAAAAUACUGGGCACUCAAGCCUGAAGAGAAAUAGAAAUAAAAUAACUGAAACUUAAUUAACAGUUUUGAAAAAGUUUUAAAAAAUUUUCAUAGUUCACACAAAAAAAAAAUAUUUCAAAUAAGCACGAAAAUGCUUAUACAAAAAAUGUUCGAACACGUUUCCCGUUCUGAAUUAUGGAGCUUCGCCACAUUACUGGUCAUCUCACUUUGCUUGUAUGCCUUGUGGGAUUACAUCAAAUCGGUGCUGCUCUCGCUGAAACUAUCCGGUCCAGAAGCAUUGCCCAUACUGGGCAAUUGUUUGAUUAUAAAGGAGAAAGACAUGCUUGCGAAACGCGUAGCGACAGCUUUUGGCCUCUACGGCCCGCUAAUACGUAUUUGGGUGCUACUAUUUCCCUUCUUCGCUGUGCUGCAGCCAGAUGAUUUGCAGGUCAUACUCUCCUCAAAGAAGCACACAGAAAAGGUGUUUAUCUACAAAUUGAUGCACAAUUUUCUAGGCAAUGGUUUAAUAACGAGCAGCGGCGAAAAGUGGAAUGCUCAUCGAAAAUUCAUACAGCCGCUUUUCCACUUAACGAUUUUGGAACGCUUCAUUGGCACAUUCGCGGAUGCCUCAGGCGCGCUCUUUGAAAAUUUACAGGCAUCAGCCAAUGAAGAGAUCAACAUCGCUAAAUAUAUAAACAGCUGUGUUAUGGAUAUAUUAAAUGAGGCUGUUUUGGGCGUGCCAGUGAAGCGACAAGGUGCAAUGGUGGACAUGGAGCAGUCACCAUUCAGGCAAGGAAAAGUCGUUAUCAGCGAACGUUUCUUGCAGCCUUGGCUAUUAUUUGAGAGCAUCUACAAGUUCACCAAAAUAGCCUCUGAGGAGCUCAAUCAAAAGAAACGGCUCAAUGAGUUUACGCGCAAAAUGAUUAAGCAUCGCCGAGAGCUGUUGGCCAAUGACAAUUACACUGGCCGCAAAUGUCUGCUGGAUUAUAUGAUUGAAAUUUCUAAUAACAAUGCCGAUUUCACCGAGGACGAUAUUGUAGACGAAGCCUGCACCUUUAUGCUGGCCGGUCAGGACUCAGUUGGCGCCGCUGUGGCAUUCACACUUUUUCUGCUGGCACAAAAUCCCGAAUGUCAAGAGAAAUGUGCGAUGGAAAUCAAUGAUAUUUUCAUGGGCGAUCAGCGGUCGCCCAAUAUGAAUGAUUUACGCGAUAUGCGCUACCUGGAGAUGUGCAUCAAGGAAGCCUUGCGCUUGUGUCCCAGUGUGCCGUUGAUGGCGCGCAAAUUGGGCGAAGAGGUGCGUCUGGGCAAAUACACACUUCCUGCGGGCAGUAAUAUUUUCAUUUGUCCCUAUGCGACACAUCGACUGCCACACAUUUAUCCCGAACCGGAGAAAUUCGAACCGGAGCGUUUCUCACCGCAAAAUACAGAGACGCGACAUCCUUACGCCUAUAUUCCAUUCAGCGCUGGACCGCGUUACUGCAUUGGCAAUCGCUUUGCAAUCAUGGAAAUGAAAACAGUUAUUUCGCGUUUGCUAAGAAGUUAUCAGCUGCUGCCGGUGCCUGGCAAAACCUCCUUUAAUGCAACAUUUCGCAUCACUUUGCGCGCAUCUGGUGGUUUGUGGGUGCGUUUAAGGCCACGCGAACAUCCAUUGGCUGAUUACAGCACCUAAUUGAGCGCCGUGAGCAAUGGCCCUUAAGGCUUCAUAAAUCAUAAGUAAAAGUUGCUAUAGUAAAUAGGAACAAAUGCACAAAUAGCCUGAGUUCAAAGCCACU